UUGACAUGGCUGAGUGUUGCAAAUUGCCCCCACAUUGAUGACUGGUGCAUUGAUCGUAUCUGUGGCCAGUAUGCUUCAACCCUUAAACAUCUAGACAUCAGUAAUUGUACUAAAAUUACACAUCGUGGUAUUGCUGCUUUAGCACGUCUUGGAGAGUUAAAGAGUCUACAUAUCAAUGGACUAGAAAAUAUUAGAGACAUCCAGUUACUGUGCUUACUCCUUGAAGAUGUUUUACCAGAAAUUGAAGUAGUUGGAAUUGAUUACAUGGACACAUCAAGUUUACAGAAAUCAACCGUUAAUGAAGAUCAAUAAUCAUAAAUUUCUCUCUGAAGUUCUGGAAUUCAGUGUGUGGCUCCUGACAGCUGGCUUAGUGGAUCUCUUUCUAGGAUAUAAUUUGUUCAUGAGUAUUUUUAAAAGCCUAUUCUUGAUUACUGAUGUUUAAUUAGUACUUCCAAGCUCUUUUACUUUAAAGAUAUUUAUAAAUUUAAAAGAAAGCAAAGGGAAGUGUCAUACUGUAAUUAUGUGGUAAUGUAGAAUAUUGCUUUUGUAUAAGCUACCAAAAUGGUGAUUUUGCAAAAUUAGUGAAUAUCACUGCUUAUACUGCAAGAUAUAGUAGUAACAAAUGCAUUUAGGUUGUUUUGUAUAUUGUAUAUAAAAGAAUAUUUUGUAACUUUUCCUACAAAAGGCUGUGUAUGUUGUAAUAAACAACACUUCAUGUACUAAAAUGUAGUGAGAAUCUCUUGAAUACAAAUUAUAUCGAGGAAUGGAAUAAGUCAUGGAUAUUAUGGGCUGAGAUGGUCAUAUGGAUCAUCUUAAAAAAUACAUUAUUCUGCUAUGAUUGAAGAGAAAUGUUACAAAAAAGUGUGAUAUUAAUGUGAUGUGGAAAAUCACAAAAAUAAGCAAAAUUAAGAAUGUUUUGAGGACAUAUUUAAUGACUGGCAAUAGUUAAUGUAAAUAUUGUA